AAAAACUCCAUAGAAAGGCAGAAACUUGUGUGCAGUCUUCAUAGGGCUAACCCUCCUGAAUGGGAAUGCAAAACCUUUUUUUUCUGCUUACAUAUGUAAUCACCGGUAUUGCACUUUUACGACGGUCCCUAAACCACCUGAGCGCCAGAAACAGAAUAUUGCCUUCUGUUCGACCCUGUUAAGGGAAAACUUCGACUAUCGGUAAAAACAAAAGGUGUAUUUUGCUCUCUACCGUCAUCUGAUUCUAGAUAUUACCCUAGGACGUUCGGUUGGACAGCUAUUGACGAGCGAACUCUGAAUAUCUAAAGUAGCCUAAAAGCGAAUUUACUGCGGUGAUUUUGGUUGGAGUAACUCUCUCGCUUUAUUACCUUGUCGCGCAGGUGAAAAUCUGUUGUAGGAAGCGUUUAAGAAACGAAACUAUGCCGCGUCUUUUUUUGUGGGUAAUUGAAUAAAAAAAAUACAAAUGUAAACUCUUGCUCUUUAUGGAAUAUAACCACUCGGAAGAAAACUCGGUGGAGAACCGCAAUCACCCUUCGAAUGCCGCCUUGGCUCUAGUGAGCCACCAUGCCCAGCAGCAUCACAGGGAGCCCCAGACCCUGGUCAGAGCCAGGGGGCCAGGUCGGCCUCAUCCCUGUGGAACCCAACCAUCUCCUCUACAGGGGCAGCAGCACCAGCCAGGACUCCUGCUAUGAGGAGCGAUGUGUGGACCCGGUGGAGUUGAGGCACCAGGGUCCCAGGGGGACCCACCACAAGGCCCACCACGGGGACGUGCAGAGCAAGGUGGCUGAUGAGACCAUCGGCUUCAUCCCCGGAUCAGCAGACUCUCCUCCAGGGGAUCACGGGUGUGGUCCUUGUGCCCCCUCCUCCCCAGGCAGCUGUAAGAACUGGGUGUGCAGCGUGCUGACCUGUGGACUCUACAUGGUGUGUCGGCGCACCAUCCUGGCCCCCAGUCCCACAGGGAGGUCCCCAGAUGACGAUCAGGAGACGGUCAACCUCCGGGGUCUCCAGAGCCACCCUGGGGCCAACGUCCCCCAAACCAGGAAGGAGGGCGGGGGUAGUGACUCUGAUUGGUCGGAGGACAUCUACAUUAGAGGGGUCAAAGUGGAUAUUCCCAGAAUGGAGGAGGAGCCAGUGGUCAUUACCAGGCCUCUGUUACACAAUGGAAGAGGUGGAGGAGGGAGACGGUACAGCCCUCCAUCCUACUCCUGGUAUGAGGGGGAUACGGGUGAUCUGAGCAUGGGUGACGUGGACUCUCUGAUCACCCAGAAGCUUCUGGAGCUGUACUCUGAGUAUCAGAUCGAUGAGCUGGCCCACUGCACCUCGGACUCAGUGUUCCUGAAGAAGACCGGUGAGAUCAGCCAGCUGAUCAGUGACCUGGCCGAGGAGCAUCAGCUUGAUGAGCAGGACGCAGAAGGUCGACUGGUCAAGGGCAUCAUCAGGAUCAGCACUAGGAAGAGCAAGAAGAGACCUCCAUACCGAAGGUCACAGAGGAGAACCUCCGACAGCGGGAACGAAACUAUGAGCAACUACCAAACAUCAACCAUCAGCAAUAACAAUGAUUACGAUAUCCAGAUCUCCAAGGAGACAGAUUCUGAUAUGAACGCUAGGAACAUGAGGAUGACCAGUGGAGCAGCAGAAAGUUCUGAACGUCAGAUGUCUGUGUUAGGCAUGCCCCUGCCCGGGACUUCAGUCAGAACAUGAUGAUCCAUCUUCAACACUGCUGAUACCAUGGAGCUACUCACCAGUCUCCAGCUGAAGAGGUUGG